CGCGCGUCUCCACGACGCGAGAAUUCCCCUUCGCUACGGAAUGGCCUCUUGACGUACGAGCGUUGCCGAAGGUUCCCGAUUGUACCCGAAGGGAACCCAAGGCGGGAGUAUAGUACGCUGGGGCGCUGGCAGUGGCGGUCUUCUCCGGCCCCUACAGAAGACGCAGCCCCGACGCGCAGCUGCAGCACCGACACCGAGGACCCGCCACAUCUGUUUGAAGACCUGAUGGCGGCCGGCGGAGGGCGGGCGCUGCUGCGGUGGGCGUGGGCGCUGGGAGUAGCACUGGCGCUGGGCGUGGGCGGGGCAAGCGCGCUGCGCUGCCCUCGGGAGCCCUCGCCCGACAUCACCCGCGCCCUGCGCUCCCCGGGCGACAGGGGCUACCGCAUCCUCAUCAGCGGCGAGCCCGACUACUACGUGCCCGACGCCGUCUACACGCUGUCGCUGCUGGGAUCGCGCACGCACGGCCGCCUGCAGAUGUUCUCGCGCUUCCUGCUGACGGCCGAGCCCGCGGACCCGCGCGCCGACGCCACGCCGCAGCGCGUCGGCACCUUCCAGCUGUUCGGCGACUCCUUCACCACCUUCCACGACGACUGCAUCAACACCGUCGCCGAAGCCAACGACCUGCCCAAGACGGAGGUGCAGGCCAUGUGGACGGCGCCGCCGCGCGGCUCCGGCUGCAUCGUCUUCCGCGCGAUGGUGCUGGAGAACGUGGACAACUGGUGGGCUGACGACGGCAACCUUAGCCACCGCCUGUGCGAGCUGCCCCAGGACACGCAAACUGGCCACGAUGACUCCAACGAGUGCUGCGCCUGCGACGAGGCCAAGUACCAGCUGGUGUUCGAGGGCCUGUGGUCCAACGUGACGCACCCCAAGGACUUCCCGUUCUCGCUGUGGCUGACGCACUUCAGCGACGUGAUCGGCGCGUCGCACGAGCGCAACUUCUCCUUCUGGGGCGAGGGCCAGAUCGCCUCCGACGGCGUGCGCAUGGUGGCCGAGUGGGGGUCCGUGCGCGGCCUGGAGCAGGAGCUGCGCGCCAGCGCCAGACAUUUGAGAACCCUCAUCAAAGCAGGCGGUUUGUGGUACCCCAAUGUAAACGCCAACACUUCAACAAAUUUCAGAGUUGAUCAGCGAAGACCUCUCUUAUCUAUUAUUUCCAUGCUCGGACCAACUCCUGACUGGAUCGUCGGCGUGUCAGGUCUCAACCUGUGCACACGAGAUUGCCGCUGGGUGGAGCGCAAAACAUCGCCGAACUCCCCGACCAUCCCGCGAGAGAAGAUUCGCCGCAUCACCACCAUGUACCCCGAGGACCCCCGGGCGCCGUUCUACGACCCGACGCGCGCCGAGAUGCUGCCGUUGGCGCGCCUCUACCUGGUGCGCGAAUCCGUCACCCCGCGGCCGUGCGGCGCCGACGACGGCGCCAACCCCGACCUCGCCAUCGAGGAGACCGACAACGUGGAGGACUCGGCGAGGCCGGAGUGUGCCGUAAGCGACUACUCCGAGUGGAGCCCCUGCUCAGUGUCUUGCGGGAAAGGCCUGAGAAUGCGCCAACGCUCGUACCUCAUGCCCGACAAGGCAGCGAUGCUGGGCUGCGGCCGCCAGCUCUUGGCGAAGGAGAUGUGCGUGGCUCAGGUGUGCAUGAUGGAAGCUGAUCCUGGCCCGUGCCGAGGAUAUUUCGAGCGGUGGCACUUUGAGGCGCGCAAAGGGAUGUGCGUGCCCUUCGGGUACGGCGGUUGCCGAGGAAACAGAAACAACUUCAUGACUCAGGAAGAAUGCGCACAAGCGUGCAGCAUUAUGCUCGGAGGGCCCCUCCCGUCUGCCCAUGCAGUGCAGGCUGACAACUUCGAACAGCCGGUGAACUGCGUGGUGUCCGCUUGGGGCCAAUGGAGCCCCUGCACGUCCACGUGUGGGAAAGGCUCUCAACUGAGGACCCGAACGGUGUUGGUGGAACCACGAAAUGGUGGAAAACCAUGCCCCAAACGACUCUUCCGCAAGAAGAAAUGUCACCUUCCAUCAUGUGAACAGUAAUGGAAAAGAAAAGAAUGAAAUAAGCACUUAAGAUAGAAUGGUACAAGACAUACCAUUCUAUCUUAAUUCAUUGUUUUGGAAAGAAUUUCCUUUGCUGACAAUGUAAACUUCUACUUAAUAACCGAAAGUCUCGACAUCAAGAUCUUGCAAACCU